CCUCAUCCCUGCAUCCCGUCAGCGUGUGGCAAGGUGAUUCCGAAUGCUUCUCCAGAAAUCCAGAAAUCCACCGUUGCUACAAACGGCCCGGUAUACCUAUCUUCUUGUAAAGCGUUAGCCGAUCGGUCAUGCGGUCAACGCGACCAUCUCGCGAAACUCGAGCACCUUGAACCUUGAAGCGAUCUCUUUCCAAAGAUCGAGAGAUAUAAGAGUCAUCUUGAACCCCAAGCGAUCACGAACAUCUACAGAUACAUCUCAUAUUCGCUAGCCUCAUCCUAGUUAUUAUCUGAGAACUCUCUAACAAUGUCGCUCUGGGUCGACAAGUACCGGCCUCGCCAGCUCUCGGAGCUACACUAUCACUCUGAACUCUCAGACCGCCUGCGAUCUCUAGCGAGCAGUGGAGAUUUCCCGCAUAUGCUCGUCUAUGGGCCGAGUGGGGCUGGAAAGAAGACGAGAAUCAUGUGCACACUGCGAGAGCUGUACGGACCGGGUGUAGAGAAGCUCAAGAUCGACCAACGAGUAUUCGUAACCCCUUCAAAACGGAAACUCGACGUCAACGUGGUUCAAAGCAACUUUCAUAUUGAACUUACACCAAGUGAUGUAGGGAUCUACGACCGGGUCGUCAUCCAGGAUAUCCUUAAAGAGAUCGCUCAGACGCAACAAGUCGACCUCAAUGCCAAACAAAAGUUCAAAGUGGUCAUCAUCAACGAAGCCGACGCUCUCAGCCGAGACGCCCAAGCCGCCCUCCGUCGGACCAUGGAGAAAUACUCUACGAACAUCAGGCUCAUCAUGUGUGCUAAUUCGACUAGCAAGAUCAUCUCCCCCAUCCGAAGUCGUUGUCUGCUUGUCAGGGUCGCUGCUCCUGAGGAGGAUGAGAUGCUGAAAGUACUAAAACACGUAGCGAAGAAGGAAAGGCUUACUUUACCGGACGAGAGCGCAUUGUCGAUCAUGCAGGAGGCGAACGGAAACAUGCGAAAAGCUCUGCUCAUCUUCGAAGCGUUACGUAUGCAAAGUCCGGACCUCUCAUCCAGCAUCGAUAUCGCCAAAGCGGAUUGGGAAACAUAUUGUAGCAAGAUCGCCGACCAGGUCGUCCAAGAACAAUCGCCUCAAAACUUGAUGAAAGUCAGGACGGGAUUGUACGAGCUGUUGUCUCAUUGCAUCCCGCCGACGAUGAUCCUCAAGACGAUCACCGGUGCCUUGUUACUGAAGGUCGACCAGAGCCUUCAGCCCUCCAUCAUCCACUGGGCUGCCCACUACGAACUCCGCAUGGCCCAGGGAAACAAGAAGAUCUAUCACCUCGAAGCGUACUUUGCCAAACUCAUGAGCGUGCUCAAGAACUUCAAUUAUAUGGGUUUGGAUGACGACGAUAUUGACUUCUAGGCCGGGUGAUUAUUUCGGCGAAGAGGAGGAGAAUACUAGUACUUUACGAUUUACGACGAUCAUACGGAAGAAGCGAUGUAUCAAAGACUUGUAUCAUCACAUGUCGAGCGGUAAUGGUAUGUUUAUGCGCUUACUUUACGCGACACCAAGAAUCGAUUCUCUCGAUCGUGAACGCCUGAUGAUUCCGAGUGCUGUUCCCUAAUCUUGCUCAAAGGCUGUCGCUUUGAUGAUG